CCCCCCACCGCCGCCCCUGAACGGCUUCUGCCGCGAGCCUCCAUCAGAGCACGAUCUACCUUCCGUUACAGAUGUUGAACAGAUGAACUCCUCUUCUCCUGUGCUUCCCCUGAACACUGGCAAUGACCGGGUGGACCAGCGCACCUGCCUGAUCUGUGGCGACCGAGCGACGGGCCUGCACUACGGCAUCAUUUCGUGCGAGGGCUGCAAGGGCUUCUUCAAGCGGAGCAUCUGCAACAAGCGGGUCUACCGAUGCAGCCGCGACAAGAACUGCGUCAUGUCCCGCAAGCAGCGCAACAGGUGUCAGUACUGCCGGCUGCUCAAGUGCCUCCAGAUGGGGAUGAACCGGAAAGCAAUCCGCGAAGACGGCAUGCCUGGAGGCAGGAACAAGAGCAUUGGACCUGUCCAGAUUUCCGAGGAAGAAAUUGAGCGGAUCAUGUCUGGGCAAGAAUUCGAGGGGGAGGCCAACAUCUCGUGGAGCAACAACGGAGACAGUGACAACAGCUCCCCGGGCAACGGGGUGUCCGAGAGCAACCAGCCCUCCCCGGUCUCCACCCCGUCGUCAAGUAGGUCUGUGGAGCUGAACGGAUUUACUGCACUCAGGGAUCAGUAUGUGGGGACGCCGGUGGCCGCGCCCUACCAGUACCUUCCGCACCUUCUGAGCUGCCCGGCUCACUCGGCCCUGCUGCCGCCCCAGCCCCGGAGCCUCGACCCCCAGUCCCACGGCCUCCUCAUCAGCCAGCUGGUGUCUGCAGAGGACCUGGCGCCCCUGGGCACCCCCAUGUUGAUCGAAGACGGGUACAAAGUGACUCAGGCCGAGCUCUUUGCGCUGCUGUGCCGGCUGGCGGACGAGCUGCUCUUCCGUCAGAUCGGCUGGGUCAAGAAGCUGCCGUUCUUCUGCGAGUUGUCCAUCAAGGACUACACCUGCCUCCUGAGCGCCACCUGGCAAGAGCUGAUCCUGCUCACCUCGCUCACCGUGUACAGCAAGCAAAUCUUCGGCGACCUGGCCGACGUCACCUCCAAGUACUCCCCCUCGGACGACGAGCUGCACAGGUUUAGCGAAGAGGGGAUGGAGGUGAUGGAGCGGCUCAUCUACCUGUACCGCAAGUUCAGCCAGCUGAAAGUCAGCAACGAGGAGUACGCCUGCAUGAAAGCCAUCAACUUCCUCAAUCAAGACAUCCGAGGCUUGACAAACACGUCCCAACUGGAGCAGCUGAACAAACGCUACUGGUACGUCUGCCAGGAUUUCAUGGAGUUCAAGUACCCGCAUCAGCCCAACCGCUUCCCGGACCUGAUGAUGUGUCUGCCGGAGAUCCGAUACAUUGCGGGAAAAAUGGUGAACGUCCCGUUGGAGCAGCUGCCCCUGCUGUUUAAGGCUGUCCUGCACUCCUGCAAGGCCGGCGUGAGCAAAGAGUGAGCGAGCGGCAACCCUCCCUCUGGCACCUCCAGCAAGGGGAGAGAGGAGGAGGAGGAAGAGGAGGAGGAGGCGCCUGCAGCCGAGGCCAGGGGGACGGCUGUGGCCGGGCCGGGAAUCGCCUUGCCGCUGUAGCGAGAAUCCUUUGGGGUGGGCUUGGGGGUUCGUUUUGUUUUUGGUGUGUGUGUUUUUUACUCCUUUCCUAUAAUAUUUAUUUCACGACAGAGUUGAAUGUAGGAUCUUCAACCCCGUGCACGGCGUCCUGUCCGAAGGCGCCCCAUUGCGCCCGCUCUCUCGCAGUUUACAGAACGUGAAGACGCGCGUGACAGUG